AUUGUAGUAAAAUGAAACGGAAGAAAUUGAAUUCACGCUGUCGAUCUGACGUAAGAUUUUGUAUGAACUUCUUUUUCAUUAUCAUUCGCAAUGUGCAGGAGACAAGAAAGUUAGCACGCGAAGACAAAGAGAACGAAGGCAAAACGAGAACGCGAAGAACAGAGCACGCAGGUCGUAAAAACGUCAACCAAACCCGGCCGCGCCUCACCGCCAGGCGCUACCUACGCACAGUCGCCGCCUCCUGCACACCUCGCCCGACAUGCCAUAAAAGCUGGCGGAGACUGUGGCGACUAGACACGCCAUAGUCGACCGCAAUGACGCCCAUAGCAUAACACACACGGAGCACAAAGAAACCCGGCGGGAUCGUACGCGUCGCCCGGAGCGCAUCGAAACAAACAAACAAAAAAGAUCUUUUAUUAUUUCGUUGGUUUUACAAGAAGUAGAAGCAAGUCUGUGCGUAGUCUCUGUAAUGAAUGAAAGAGAUAAACUCGUCUCAGGGCACUAAGCUAAGUCGGACCCCUUCCAGAACUUACUUCUACCUCUUAGGAGGAUGCACAGUAGAAGUAGCAUCCUUCCAGAAUUACGACGUUGUAAGUAUCCAUGAUGACGUGCCUUCGCCCCGUCCAGCGAACAUGAUAGCGCCUGACUUUUUAUCGUCCAGAUCGGAAGUCACUGUAACUCUCUGUCUAAGACUCUUAUAUAUAAUAUGCUGAACUCAACUUUUUUCAAUAAUGACUCACACUUAAUAUUUCGCUGCUACCAUCAUGUUUGCUUGUUAUCGUCUGUGUAGUGGUUGUGAAUAUAUUGUAUAUAAUAGAUUGUUCGGUCAGACGCUUUUCAACCAGAGCUCCGAGUGGAGACCAACGCACAAAAACCCGCCGAGCUCGCAGGCUUUGUCCGGACCGCUUCGAAACAAACAAACAAGUAACGCUGAGAAAGUAAAAGAGAACUACUAUAUGCGAUUUAUUGUCCUCGUCAACAGCAUGAUGAGCAUGUCAUGACGUAGUCGCUUCGGAUACUGACUCUGCUGGUCGUGCGCUUCGUCGCUGAUUAGCGUCGUGUCUAUGUUGCGGAUAUAUCUGCUGUACAGGUUAGACUUAGAGUUCUGAGGUUGUCUGUGAGUUCAUCACUCAUUUUCCCAUUCCACCUCGAGUAGUCGAUCAAACAAUUGGUUAGCAAUGUCCCGAUUAUGAACGGACUUUCAUUCAUUUCUUCUCCUAAAGAUAAUAUAUUCAAAGAUAUGUGAUAUGAUUAAAGAUGAGCUGUUUUUUUCUUAUCUUAAUUAAUAGCAAGAAACCACCUAAGAACUAGAGUAUUAACAAUCCUCACAAAAGAACGAAAAUGAACACUGAACGGAUUAGAAGAACAAGACAAAGAACUGUGACUCGUCACUGAGUGACUGACACUGACGCCAGGCAGGGGGUCGUUGGCUUCGUCAGUGGGAUUUUCCGACUGAGCUGUAUCCAUUGAUUACGCAAUCGCGAUAUGUCUUUUUGGGAUCUUUCCGUCGUUUCGAGUACACACUUUUAUGCUGUGGUACUGGUAGAAAUUCUAGUAUCCACACAAGUUAUAAUGAAGGAUUUGCGUUGCUGAUCCUAAUUCGUCGUGAAAUAGAUGAAGAUGUUUUGGUACCAACUUUACAUAGCAUGAAAAGCGUGUGUAGACGAUUACGGGAGACGUAGCUGCUAUAUCUAUGUACCAGUUCCUUCUGAAAUUAUUCUUACUUGUGCCAUGCCUGUGUAUGUCUUGAGUACUUCGUUCAUCCUCAUCUAUAAGCUUGCUUGAGACAAGAAUUGUCUUCGCAGAGAUGCCUGUAUGCUAAUCGAGUUAUCGUCUUUAUAUCGACCCUCUCAUUGUUGAUAACAAAUACUAUCAUCAAGAGUAAUAUCCGAAUUUUCAUCUGGAUGACGCCAGAGUGAUUACCUUGGUCAUAGUUACAAGAGCGAAUUCGACCGAAACACGGAAGAUACAUCGCACAUCGCAUCUUUUCGCUCCCGUUCACGGCUUAACUUUGAUUUUUUGUGUCAACACGAAGUAAACAAACGAAUUCAAGCAAAGAACAAAAAUAACAUGACAACUACCGAAGUGAUUAUCAUGACCUCUCUGAAAAUCGAAGAUCCAGAACCGAUGACAGGGGUUCUAAAGA